AAAGCUCGGCUUUUCAUUUUACCCGAGCGCCGGAUAGUAUCUUCUCUCGUCGUCUUCGUUUUCGUCCUCGCGCUCUCUCUCUCUCUCUAGAAAUGAAGAUUAGGGUUUUCUUCUUUCUCUCUCUCCUCCUCCUCCUCACCGCUCCCUUCCUCCAAGUUGCUCAGUGUGAUUCCGACGCCGACUCGGACGUGGAAGGUGCAGAAGCUGCUGCAGAAGUUAGUGAUCUUGGUAUUAUUGGUGAGGAUGCUCAAGAUUUUGGUGAUGGGAAUUACAGUCCAGCUCCAGGAAUAGAAACAGUUUGUUUUUUCCCAAAAAAUCCUGGACGAGUGAUAGCUGCAGGAGAAGAGAGUGAACUAUUAGUUGGAAUAAAAAAUGAGGGUGAAUUAGGUGUCAAUGUCAUUGCAAUUAAGGCCACUGUUCAUCUUCCUUAUGAUCACCGAAUGCUGGUCCAAAAUCUUUCUGCACAGGCUUUUAACAAUGCUUCAGUCCCUCCAUCAGCUCAGGCUACUUUUCCAUACAUAUUUGCUGUCAGCAAAUAUUUGCAGCCUGGAACUUUUGAUCUUGUGGGCACUGUAAUUUAUGAAGUAGACCAGAGCCCAUACCAAAGUACAUUCUACAAUGGUACCAUUGAAGUUAUUGAGGCUGGUGCUUUUGUAAGUGUUGAGUCUGUUUUCCUGUUUUGCCUUCUGAUCGCACUCCUUGUCCUACUUUCGUUGUGGAUACAAACUCAGAUACAACAACUUUCCAAGAAAUCUAAGAGGGCGCCAAAGGUGGAAGUAGGAACUGGGACCACUGAUGCUUCAAUGGAUGAAUGGCUGCAGGGAACUGCAUAUACUCAGGCACAAUCAAACAAAUCAAAGAAGAAGAAGUAGACGAUCCAACAUGCAGACCCAGUCUAGCUGUACGAAGCACUCGAACGAGGGGUAGUUCUUGUAACUCGGAAUAGGCAUUUGGAGAUUUUAAGAAAAAAGCAAAAAAAGGAGUUGUGGUAGUUUUUAGAAAACUAGACCAGAAAAGACCUUGCCUUGCUGUUGUAGCAUGGGGAAGAGACUUUUACGUUUCAUUUUCUUGGAGAUGCUGAAAGUUGAGCUUUUCUAAAGCAAAAACUAACGGGGAUUUGAUGUAGAGAAUAUACAAUUUUGUUAAAAAUAAUACUGUGUCCUGUCGGUGUCGGUAGAUGAAUCUCAUUUUGUUCUUUCAAUUUGAUCAGUCUUGGCUUGUUCUCUGGAUAAGCUGUGGAGUAAUAUAUUUGAGUUGACAA